GUUGGUUAUAUAUUUAUAGCAGAAACAAGCGCUAUAUUUUCAAGGCACGCUUGUUGUUGGUAUAGACAGUUCAAAAAACCUAACUUGAAAUAAGAUCCAGAGGCGUUGGUUAUAUAUGUACUGGAGAGUACUUGGGCGAAGCAAGUCGAUUUUUAUCACAAGGAUAUUAGAAUGGCUUUUUGGAUAUAUUCCUUGAUUUCUCUUAUAUUUAUUCAACAUUCCUAUGGGGUCAGAAUAACGGAUCCAUCAGGUAGUUCCCUCGAAGUAAACUCAGGUGACACUUUCCAAAUAACUUGUGAAUAUUAUACGGAGGAUGAAGGUGUCAACUGGUACCUGAAUGGGAUGAUACUGAAUGACAACCCUGACUAUAGAAUAUUAGCCGAGGAGUUGGAUCGUGAGAUGUCUGAAAGCACUCUAACAAAGCGCUAUGCUUCUAGUGACGAUAGCGGCCAUUACAAAUGCAUGAACAAGGUUGACAUAUUCGACGAUGUUACAAUAGAAGUUACAGUCAUAGAUGGGGAGGAAGAUUUCGACGUUGAAAUCUUUGAACCGGAUGAAGAUGACGUCACCUUAGAGGAGGGUGAUGCACUUUCAUUGAAAUGCAAAGGAUGCAGUGUGUGUGAUCUUGUUUGGAAGGUGAACGGCAUGCCUUUAAAUGACGGCCCUGGUGUGAACAUUGAAGUGUUGAAGCAAAACGGAAAGACUGUGUCCUGGCUGAGAAGAGAUGAUAUGGAAGCAAGAUUUGGUGGACAGUACAAAUGUCAAGAUGAAGAGGAUCCAUUUGGAGGUGAUUCUGUAGAAGUUAAAGUUGAGGCACCAGGAGCCGUUAACAUAAAACAACCUAGUCCAUUCACAUCUAUGCCUGGUGAGUCAUUUACCCUCGAGUGCCAAUCGAGUGACUCAAUUGUUUGGUACAAAGAAGACGAUCAACUGGAGGACGGCGUGGACGGAUACAUCAUCGCAGAGUCUUAUCAAGGCAGUAAGACGGUAUCAUUGCUCACUAAGGAGGAUGCAACUGAAGAUGAUAGCGGAACGUACUACUGUUCAAGCAGAUCGAACAGCAGAGAAAAUGAUGACGUCACAGUACGAAUUGGAUAUGCACAGGGUGUUGAAUCAGCGCCCCCUGGUGUGGGAAGUGGUCCCGUUCCUACACUCUACGAAAACAUACGUUUGCGCAUGCAAGAACAAAUGAUCACUUUGAAAUGUAUAGACGGCAAAGACAGGUAUUCCAAAUAUUCGUGGACCAAAGACAGUACUAGUUCAUUCGGCGAUGAAGAAACAUACAAGGAAAAUGGAACAGAACUCAUGAUUCAAAAUGUCGAUGAGAGAGCCAUUGGUCUGUACGAAUGUAUGACAGAAGUUCGAGGCAAGGACCCCUUGUUUAGGAGAUAUAAUCUCACAUCUGCAUCCUGUAUGAUGGCUGAAACAGUGCCCAACGUAACAUCUACCGAUUGUCAAUCAAAGGUGUACUACGGUACUUCAUGCACAUUGAACUGUACCCUACAACAGACGCAGAUUACAAAUGAAUGCCAAGCUGAUGGGACUUGGGAUGGUAGUUGGGCAUGCGACUCUGCUACCUCAGUGAUCAUGUCUACCUUUACUUUACUAAUAGCGCUCAUGGCGGCUAGAUUGGCAAACUAGACGACGUUAUGUUAAAGAACGGAGCGUGAACAAUAGUGAAAUAUAGCUACACGUUUUUAAAGAAAACUUGAACGUGUAGGUGCUGCAAUAUGAUGACUAGCAUGGAUAACUGUUCCCUUUCUUUCCAGGGACCUAAUUUCAUCUUAUUUCUAAUUCCACGUGUAGUUUAACCUCAUGUUAUAUUGUACUUUGAGUAUACAUCAUGAAGAUUCAGAUUCACAAUGCAAUUUAAUAUUUCAAUAAUUCAUCGAAAACAAAUCUGUACAUAAUAGCACAUAUUAUUAUUUUUCAUCUCGAGCUUCCAAGAAACUUCAUGGUUUCAUUUGAACAGUUAUUUGAGCGAUUUACCUAUCCGCCAAUUUCUUUCAAAUGACCAAUUAGGUUUCUGUUGAAAGUUCCCUUCCAAGGUUGUGGCAAAAAUCAAAUGCAAAUAUAUGGGUAUACGAAAUGUAUCUCACCUGAUUUGAUACAGUUCUGAAUAUUUACCUCAGAAAAUAGAUACGAACCAAAAUUCAUAUUGCGAAAAACACAAAUACGAGCGAGGAAAAUGUUAAAAAACAUUUGAGCUCUUUGUGGUAGCAUUUCCUAA